UGGCGAUACGGCGCGCAGUCUGAAGUAUACCAAUCCUACAACAUUGAAAAUUGAGGAAUGGAUGUCACGGGCUGCUGAAUAUAGUACCUGGCAUGGUGUACCACAAUCAACUGAUAAUUUCAUCAUCAAUACUUUUUAUGACUACGAGUUUAUUUGGAUGAAUGAAAGAAAUGACACACUUUAUGCUGGUAUGUACUAUACAGAAGAUAACGACAAUUCUCCACUGUUUUUUUACUCAAUAAACGGAGUUAAUUUUACAGGUAGCAAAAAUCCAACAAACGCGUCAAGUGUAACUUUUGCUAAAUAUAUAGAAGUUAUCUUUUAUAUGUCAGAAAACUGUGAUAAUUCAAGUGUUAACCAACAUUCAGCUGAAUGUCCAGGAAAGGUCCCUCCAAUCAUACAAACUCCACAGACAUCUAUAUCGUUUAUCAACCGUGACAAUGUGACUCUCGUGUGUGCAUACCUUUCAUAUUAUACAGUACUCGAUGUGCGUUGGAACUUCGACUCUUCAGAAAACGGCAUCCGUAUAAUUAUAACCAAUGACACAGACCAUACAAAAUACAGUGGGUCAUCAACCCGAGCACCUUCAUUAACUAUCCAUGCUGCAGAUCUGUCUAACCAGGGAAACUACACCUGUUCUAUGAAAAACCGAUACGGAUGGGCAGAGGGAAGUGUGAUACAGAUAAAAAUGUUAACAGAUACCAGUCUCUGUCAGUGUCCAUGUUCUCCAGUCAAGAAUGGGUCAAACUACACAACAGACGAAUUGCAAGUCAUUCUUUCGUCAUCGCUUAAGAAAUUAGAAAAGGAACUAAAAGUUGACAAAAAACUGUUAUCGUCGUAUGUCAGUAAACAUGUGUCUGCAUCGGAUGAUAGACAAUCGUCGCGGUCAUUGGGAAUCGGAGGUAUUGUCUGCCUUUGUUUGAUGGGUGCAGCUAUUCUAGGAAUGGAUUUGAUGUCAAUCAAACGUCAUACUGCUACUGCCAAAGGAAUAUGCUUAGGUAGACCAUAACAAAAUUUAAACGAAUGACACACAUUUAACAUAAUGCUUUAUUGGUGGAAAAGCAGAAUAAUGCUAUUACAUUAGAAUAUUUUCAAUGAAGUAACAUGCUAAUUGUAUGAAAGAGGCGCCAUUAUGGUAUAUUUUGUAUUAUAUACUAUUGUUUGACCCUUCUCAUUCUCAUUAAGAUACCCACUAAGUAUCUCUCACUCGAAUAAAGCAUUUAGUUUGUACUUGUAUCGGAUAAUAAAAACUCAUCAUAGAUACUCGGCUUAAACUUGUGUACCGUGCCAAACGUGUUUCGUCUAUAAAUAAAGGCAACAGUAGUAUAUCGCUGUUCAAAACUC